AUGGCGAGUGAUAUAAAGUUCGAAGCGCCUGUUGCCCCUAGACUUAUAUUAUGGCUUAUAGACACUCGAUCCCUUUGGCCAGUCACUCCUGAGGCCAGCCCACAUGAUGAAGUCAUGAAGCUUCCAAAAGUCGCCUUUCGGGCAUUCAAACUUCUCUCACAAACUGAAAGAGAAUCUGUACUGAAAUAUCAUCAUCUCAAAGAUGCAAAAAUGAGCCUCGCCUCACAUCUUCUCAAGCAUCUUGUAAUCACUAAAUACCUUGGCGUACCAUGGUCCCGAAGCCAGAUUUCUCGUAGUGUUCAUGGGAAACCGUGCUACUUACAUGAUCCUGCACAAGCUCACAUCGAUUUUAACGUCAGCCAUCAAGCAGGCCUAGUAUCACUAAUUGCGUUGAUUGGAUAUGAUAAGAGCGUUCAGGUCGGAACAGACAUUGUAUGUACGGACGAGAGAAGACGCACAGAUUAUGAGUUUAUUGAUAGGGAGGGGUUCUCUGCUUGGGUUGAUAUAUAUGAAGAUGUAUUUGCGGACUCGGAAUUAAAGCAUCUACGGUCGAGUCUUCGAAACCUGGAAGAUGUUGGAGUCCAUCUCAAGGGGGCAGAAUUGACUGAGCCCGGAAGAAUAGCAUUAUCGGAAUGUCAGCGAAGGAAUGAAAAAGUCAGCUUAGGGAUUGUUACUGCAGAGGGAAUCUCAAGGGAAAUUCAGGUCAAAAGUGACAUCAUAAUUGAGUGUAAGCUAAGACGUUUUUAUGCGCUAUGGUGCGUUAGAGAGGCAUUUAUCAAGAUGACUGGCGAGGCCUUCUUUGCCCCUUGGCUCAAGGAUUUGGAAUUUGUUCAAGUAGAAGCACCCAAACCGAGACCAGAUGUUACCAGCAUAGAGAAUGGAGAUUCGAUAAAAGAUUUUGAGAUAUUUCGCAGAAGUAGCCCUUCAAAAGUUCCCCACAUGGUUAAAAAUGUCAAGAUGAGCUUGGUUGCACUUGGAAAAAAUUUCAUGAUUGCUGGAGCAAUUUGCACGCCAAAUGGUGUGCCAGAAUCAGAUUUUGCAAAAGAAAACUGGCGGUUCUUGGAACUUGAAUCAGAUAUCUUAAGCGUAGCAGAAACAAGUCAAUAA